GCCUUGAGGCAUUGCCAACCUUUCUUCUCCCUCUCUCUCUCGCUUUUGCUUUCUCAAUAAGCCUCUCUCUCUCCUCACUCUCACCGCCGGCCAUCGCGCUGGAAUUUGACGGGAUCUCGGUGGAAAAUCAGCUUUUGUCUUCGUUCGGAUUGAUACUUUCGAUCGAACCGUCGGUUCUGUUGUUGGAUCGACCGAUCUGCGUAUCUAUCCAUACAUAUUUAUAUACUUAUAUAAUCGACGAUGGAGGAUUAUGCAAACAGCGACGAAGAAUACUACUAUUCGGAUCGAGACUCGUUCGACGGGCUCGUAAAUGAGGAAUCUGAUUUUCAGUGGGUCCCCCCCAAGGCUCCUUCCAGUCAGGUAAUCACGAAAGAAUCCCUUCUGACUGCACAGAGGGAUGAUUUGCGGAGAGUAAUGGACUUGUUAUCAUUAAGAGAACAUCAUGCAAGGACGUUGCUCAUCCAUCACCGGUGGGAUGUGGAGAAGUUAUUUGCAGUGAUGGUAGAGAAGGGGAAACCAUGCUUAUUUGCUGAAGCAGGUGUUCCUUUAAUGGAGCAUCAGAUUGUCCCCUUACCAUUGUCUUCGUCGACAUUAAUGUGUGAUAUUUGCAUGGAAGCUGUAUCUAGUGAGGACUCCACAAAAAUGGACUGUGGCCACUGCUUUUGCAAUAACUGUUGGACAGAGCAUUUUGUUGUGAAGAUAAAUGAGGGUCAAAGCAGACGCAUUAGGUGCAUGGCAUACAAAUGCAAUGCUAUUUGUGAUGAAGCUAUUGUCAGAAAUCUAGUUGGUAGAAGGCAUCCUGAUCUGGCAGAGAAAUUUGAUCGUUUUCUUCUUGAAUCAUAUAUUGAGGACAACAAAAUGGUUAAGUGGUGCCCAAGUGCUCCGCAUUGUGGGAAUGCAAUCCGGGUUGAGGAUGAUGAAUUUUGUGAGGUAGAAUGUUCAUGCGGUUUACAGUUUUGCUUCAGUUGCUUAUCAGAGGCACACUCGCCUUGUUCAUGUUUGAUGUGGGAGUUUUGGACCAAGAAAUGCCGAGAUGAAUCAGAAACAGUCAAUUGGAUCACAGUGCAUACAAAGCCUUGUCCAAAGUGUCACAAACCUGUGGAGAAGAAUGGUGGCUGCAACCUAGUGAGCUGUAUCUGUGGGCAAGCAUUUUGUUGGCUGUGUGGUGGAGCUACUGGUCGAGACCAUACUUGGUCUAGUAUAAGUGGUCACAGUUGUGGUCGCUACAAAGAAGACCGAGAGAAGAAGGCUGAGCGUGCGAAGCGGGACCUCUAUCGCUACAUGCAUUAUCAUAAUCGUUACAAAGCUCAUACUGAUUCCUUUAAGCUUGAAAGUAAACUGAAGGACACUAUAAAAGCGAAGGUGUCAAAUUCUGAAGAGAAGGAAUCUACACUCAGAGAUUUCAGCUGGGUAACAAAUGGACUAUACAGACUCUUCAGAUCAAGGCGGGUUCUUUCAUAUUCAUAUCCAUUUGCAUUUUAUAUGUUUGGGGAUGACCUGUUCAAUGAUGAGAUGACAAAGGAGGAAAGGGAAAUAAAACAGCAUUUAUUUGAAGACCAGCAGCAGCAGCUUGAGGCAAAUGUCGAGAAGCUCUCCAAGUUCAUUGAGGAGCCAUUCGACCAGUAUGAAGAGGAUAAAGUGAGAGACAUAAGGAUGCAAGUCAUCAACCUAUCAGUGAUCACGGAUACCCUCUGUAAGAAAAUGUAUGAAUGCAUAGAGAAUGAUCUAUUGGGUUCUCUCCAACAUGGCAUCCACAAUAUUGCUCCAUAUAAGUCAAAGGGCAUUGAAAGGGCAUCAGAACUUAUAACCUGUCAGAGCAAUAAAGCCAGCAAUGCUGAUAACUGUCCAUCUUCAGAAAAUGGCACAGAUGGAGGGACAGCAGAAUUUGAUCGACCUUCAGGCUCUGGGAGUUCAUAUGAGAGUGGAUAUUCUUCUAGGAAGCGGGCUAGAAAGGAGGGUCUUGGAGGCAUUGAUCUCAACUUGCCAGCAGAGGUCGUGGAUAGGAACUAAUCUUUGAAAGUUUCAGCCUUCGUUUCAAAUACAAGUGUACAGCUCUAACUUAAAGAGUGGGCCUUGGUUUCUCUCUCAUGGGAUCAGAUCAUUUGUGAUGCCUUACUUAAAACCCUUUCCCUGCCUCCCUUUUUCCUUUUUCCUUCUUGAGUUACACAUCCCUCUCCCUUGUUGAGAUCUACCCUGGAAGAGAAACUAUAAAUUCAUUUCUUUUAAAUUGCAUUUCCCCCCUUUUUUAAUUUUCCUUUUCUUCACUAUGCUGAAAAUCAUUAUACUGUAAAUAGCCUUUUAUUGGGGCUUUUGUGGGCGAUAUAUAUGUAAAUUCCCUAUCUGAGACUUGAGCAACUCUCAAAUACAUCUUUUAAGCCGCCAAUCUUUGGAGGAUGGAAUUAUAGGGUAGCUUUUGUGGAUUUUGCAAUUGAUCUCUGCUGUAAUUCUCUCUUAA